CAGAUCCGUCUGGACGUGGCCGGCGGCGGUGAGGGUUAUCACCACCUGCAGAAGGGGCACCGGGCUCAGAGACGUUAAUGACUUGCUCAGGUUGCACAGCUAGUAGUUGGUGGUAAAGGGAUUUGAAGCCUGUUCCUGGCUCGAGCUGCUUCGGGAACCUCCAGGCUCCAGCUCUGAGAAAUCCCUUCCUCCCUGUGUGUUCCAGAGCCUCCGCCCAGCCACUGGGGCCCACCCUGGGCCAGCAUCACUGAGCAGGAUCCCUCAGUGAGCCCCCCUCUCAGCUCACUUCCUCCUUCCUCCCUCCCUCCCUUGUCCCAAAUAUUCGCAGGUUGCAACUUUCCAAACUAUUUCAAACCUGCUUUGAGAAGUCGGUUUCUCUUCUGGGGCCCCAGAUGUGUUCCAGCUCACAAGUAACACUAAGACCAGUUUUGUAAGAUUCUCAUCAAGGAGACAAGGGAAGGAGAUGGAGAUUCCUGGGGCCUGGGGAGUGCCUAGGACAGUUUUCCAAAGUCCAUCAUGCACGCAACUUCCACCGAGUUUGCCUCCCACCUCUCCCACUAUCGUUUAUGCAGCCCAUGUGGAGCCCAGGUGGCACCAGAGAGACAGCAGACUGCAACUUUAUUUUUGCCUACCUCUGCCCCUUUAUAAUCGAGCCAAUGAGGGCGCUCCCCGCUCCAGUAGGUAAUCCACUCCCAGGUAAUCUGCUCUUCAAUCUUUGUUCAGAGGUGAGACUUCUUCCUGUCCCCCAGCGCAGGUGUAAGGCUGGCUGGACCACCUGGCCCCUUCUCAGCUCACCUCUUUCCAGACUGAAGGAACGAGGGGAAGGAGAAGUAAAGGGACAGACAGCAGGGGGAUUCUUGUUUCUUGGCAGGAACAGGGCUAAGCUCCUCGGCCCAUCUGGGCCUGGCAGACACGGAUGAUGUCUCUUUUGUUGGAGGCCUUCUGCGGGCUCCUUGGUGGUUCCCAGGUUGAGCCCUCUGACGGUAACAGCCGUGAAGCGGGCCACCACACUCUUUUGCAGGCAAGUCCAGGCCUCCCCUUCAGCUUCUGGUUUUCGGGCAUCUACCCUGCAUGGUUAUCACUGCUGGACCCCUCACUUUCUGUCCUUGUGCCUCCAGCUCAGGCCGGCUGGGGCUGCGGCAUGUCUGGCACCUUCUGUCUACCAGAGAAGGCGAGAAGGCAGUCAGCCCCCUUUCUGUGCAGCAGAGAGCUCUCUCUUCCCCCUUUCUUGCAGCAAGCAGCCACUUUCCCACCCACCAGCUUCGAGAGUCAGACCUCAGAUUCAUUUCCAUGCCCCCUCCCCUUCCCCACCACACGGGUUGCAUUUUAUUCAGUGAAAUCCAAGAGUGCCCAGAGUCAUGGAAUGAGCUCUCAAGCUAUUCCUUUGUCAUCUCUUCACUUUGGCCUGACCUCUCGAUUGAGCAUGCAGCCUCUCGUGUGUCCAGGUACUCAGGAUUACAGAAACCGACAGCAUCAGUGUCCCUCACAUACCACAUAAUAAUGCAAAUCUUCCAGCCGCAACGCAGACCUACCGAAUCACAAACUCUGGGGGUGGGACCCAGCAGUCUCGGUUUGGACAAGCCCUCCAGGUGGAUCUGAUGCAUGCUCGAGUGUGGAAACCAACCCCUUAUUUUUCGGGGGGGGAACUGAGGCCCAGAGAGGGAAAGGGGCUUGCCUAAAGUCACAAAGCCAGUUACCACUUCAGAGCUCAUCCUAGAGGCAAAAAGUCGUACCUGGAAUGUUCUCUCUCCUGGUUUCAUUCCAGGGCGAGAGGCUGUUGGUCACAAAGUGACUGAGCCAGUUUGUUGAGAGAUCUUGAACAAGUGGCUUAUUUCUGCUCUGGACCUUGGCUUCUGCAUCUUCCCGGUGAGGGGCUGGGGGUAGAUAAUCUCUGGGCACAUAACACUCUGGUCUCUGGUGUGAUCAUGCCCCAGCCUUAAGGACACGGUGUGAAAUUAAGACAUAUUGAGGCUUGCAAAUUGUCCCAAAAAAUUACAUCCCACACGUCUUUUCCAGGAAGCUGUUACACCAAAUGUGCCACCAAAAUGAGAGAGUGAAAAAAUAAAAUAAAAUAAGAGAAAGACAUGGGAUUCGUAAAGCAGGAGAUACAACGCAGGAGAGAGGCAAAGACAAUCGCCAUGAUGGUUAUAAAGGAAAAUCCUGGGAUGACAGCUUAGCGUGUACAAAGGUGACCACCAUGAUCCCCUGGGUGCUCUUGGCCUGUGCCCUUCCUUGUGCGGCCGACCCGCUGCUUGGGGCCUUCGCCCGCAGAGACUUCCAGAAGGGCUCCCCUCAACUCAUCUGCAGCCUGCCUGGCCCCCAGGGCCCACCUGGCCCCCCAGGAUCCCCAGGGACCUCAGGAAUGGUCGGAAGAAUGGGCUUUCCAGGCAAAGAUGGCCAGGAUGGCCAGGACGGGGACCGGGGGGACAGCGGAGAGGAAGGUUCACCUGGCCGGACAGGUAACCGGGGAAAGCCAGGACCAAAGGGCAAAGCAGGGGCCAUUGGGCGGGCCGGCCCUCGCGGCCCCAAGGGGGUCAGUGGUGCCCCAGGAAAGCAUGGCACACCGGGCAAGAAGGGGCCCAAGGGCAAGAAGGGGGAGCCCGGCCUCCCGGGCCCCUGCAGCUGCGGCAGUGGCCACGCCAAGUCAGCCUUCUCCGUGGCAGUGACCAAGAGCUACCCGAGGGAACGGCUGCCCAUCAAGUUCGACAAGAUCCUGAUGAACGAGGGCGGCCACUACAACACGUCCAGCGGCAAGUUCGUCUGCGGCGUGCCAGGGAUCUACUACUUCACCUACGAUAUCACGCUGGCCAACAAGCACCUGGCCAUCGGCCUGGUGCACAACGGCCAGUACCGCAUCCGGACCUUCGACGCCAACACGGGCAACCACGAUGUGGCCUCGGGCUCCACCAUCCUGGCUCUCAAGCAGGGUGACGAGGUCUGGCUGCAGAUCUUCUACUCAGAGCAGAAUGGGCUCUUCUAUGACCCAUACUGGACCGACAGCCUCUUCACGGGCUUCCUCAUCUACGCCGACCAGGACAACCCCAAUGAGGUGUAGACAAGGCCAGUGCUGGGUCACCGAGGAGGGCACCAGCUCCUGAACUUGGGCUUCCAGAGCAAGACCCCUAAACUAUCUGUUGGGGACUGGAAGUCGGGAGCUUCUAACCUCUGGCCGACCUCCUCUGCCCCUCUGUUCCUCCAUCAUUAAAUCCAAGCUUUUUUAU